AUGCUCAGCGCCAGGUUGGCGUUCUACGUGAUGGCCUCGCACUUGGGAUCCGCCGCCGCCGACGCGUUAUUGUACUUGAGGCACGCCUCCAUACACUCCUCGAACGUGUACGCCGUCGUGUGGCUCACAUCUGUCACGUUGCCGCGCCCGUUAGCCGUCGCCGUGUUCUUAGGCCAGUCGGUGAAUCAGUACUGCGUGACGACGGUCGUGCCGUCCCUGGCAUCAUAUGGUUUUGGCGUCUUGAAGUUGCAGCUGUUGGCUGCGAUGCCAUGGGUGCGGGACGUCGCCAGGGCCGAGGCGGCUCCGCUCGUCGACAAUAACGUAGAGGACGCCGUUAUUAUCAGCACGGACGAACUCACCAGCGAAAUAUCCAACGUUUAA